AUGCAUGUACAUGAGAGAGAAAAGGCACUCACGGCUCUAACAGCAGAAUUAUCGCCGUAUGAGUGGAGGACACUCCACGCCACGACAAGCAGUCGCACCUUCCAAUUCGACGUCAUCGGCAAUCUACCCGUUGAGCUAGUGGCCCAGGUGUUCUCGCAUUUAGACGUUGCUGCUCCUUACCGCUUGCAAAGUAUCUCAAGACGAUGGAACCACACUCUUCAGAGCUUACACGUUAUCAAAGCAAGCCUCAACAGUUGGUACCAAGGUACUGUCAACUUCCAAGAUGCCGAUCACGCUCUGUGUCAGAAGAAAGCCCGCAAGAUCAAUGCCUUUCGUACCGGCAAGCCGCGCAAAGUCUACAAGAUAACACCCAAGGACGGUAUAGAUGAUAUCUAUUUAGCAGGAAACAGUCUCAUCUGGCAAAGCCUAACCCUCACUCCGGAAAACCAAUCGCGAAAUGUUUGCGUCCUCGAUCUAGCUACAUGGGAUCUUCGCUUCCUGGGUGGCGAAGGCCGUGAACGAAUUAUCGACGUCUUCGUAUCUAGUGAGAUUGUGGCGCUAACAACUUGGGCGAACAUCUGCUAUGUUCACGAAUUGCAUGGCAAACGAGGUUGCAAGAAGUUCAGAGUACCAAACAACAACUAUUUCGCCAGCGUUGCCUGUCGAGAGCGCACUGUCGCAUGUUAUCAUAUCGACUCCGGUUUUGCAUCGGUGUAUAUCUGGGAAUACGACUCCCAGCGUGGAAGAUCCUUCGAUAUUAAAUUCGAACCCGGUAACAUGUUCUGGGGGACAGAUGUCGUCGAGAACGAAUCACUUGGCAUUGCUCCUAUCAUACAGCCCGCGACCCAGACAAUCAUCUUGUUUGCCAAUGCCGCACGUAACAAUGACGUUCCUUUCCACCAACAGUUCUUCGCGUUCGGUCGCUACACAUACAGCGGGGAGUGUCUCAGCACACACCACGCAAACCUCCACGGGGUAACUUCUCUCUCGUAUUUUUCCCGUGAUCCAAACACCUUUGUCCCAGUCGACGACAAGCAGAACAUACUGUCGAUAGUCAUGCGAGACACCAACGGCAAGUCAUCCUUCCUAGUGCGAUUCAACGAAGAAGAAAUGGACAUGAGUGUAUGGGAGGGUUCCCGUCUUUACGAACACCCCGAAUACUUAGAUACCAACGGUGCCAUGGCGUGGUGGAAGGACACAUGCUAUGCCGCAUUCUGGGACGGGGACGUCGAAGGCGAAAUGCGUGACACGAUUGCGCUUAUGGACCGGAAAGCCGACAAACAUAACAUGAAUGCGGUUGAGGGCGCCAGUAACGGCAAACCUUACAAGCCCAUCGCGUCUGAAACAAUAGAGGACGAGUCACUCGAUCUCGAUAUCAACGCCCCCGUUGUCAUGAACGAAGACUAUGUUAUCAGAAACGCGGGGAAUAGGUUCUACAUACUCUGUUUCGACGAUGAUGAUGAGGGGAAGAAACCACAGGAGAGUGGGUCGUUUUUUGAUCAGGGAGAGCUUGAGGUGUUGAAGGGUAUGGAUACGUGGUUCGAUCAACCACAUUACAAGGGGUGGCUACAGUCCCGGCCAUAUGCCCGUGUAAAGGAGAUCUGGGCGCCGGAGCUGGAACGCCGGAGGCAGCAGCUUUCAUUAUCUUCAGAAAGUGCCUAG